AUGCCGUCCGCUGUGGCAGAACCUCAGAAGGCCGCCUCGAACUCACAAAGUUCGACUUCACAGCCCUCGCACGAGCUUCAACGACGAUAUGAAUUGGCUGCGUCGACUUUCAAAACCCUUUGCGAGAUCAAAAGCAACCCAGAUAACUUCGCUGUUCUCAAGAUGGCCUGCUCAGCAACCGAGUUCAAUACCUUCCCCAUCCGAAAAGAAGAAACCACCUUCUUCAGGGCGAUCAACGACAGUACAGGCAUUCCGUACCAAGUCCCUGAGUUCAUAUCCAAACCAUGGCACAAAGCAUUUCUUCUCGUGCAAAUUGACCUCUUGAAGACCGGUUGGCCCAACAAGUUGAAAGGCGCAGCUCGGAAAGAACUUUACCACGAACUCUCUCGGAUGUACAAGCUACUCGACCGCGUGCUGAGAUGCUUGGUGGAUAUUCUUGGAGAGAGGGGCGAUGGGAGGGGAGUACAGACAGCUCUUGAAGUACUGAGAAGUGUCAAAUCUGGGGUUUGGGAGGAAAGUAACAAUCAUCUUUUGCAAGUCGAGGGUAUUGGUCCAGCGAAAAGAGACAAGCUUGUCAAGGCCAACAUCAAGACCAUCAAGGACUUAUCUACAAUGGAGUUUUACCACAUUGAACGAAUCCUCAGUCGAAACCCGCCUUUCGGCCAGACACUUCUGCACAAAGUGGCUGGGUUUCCUAUUCUCAAGCUUGACUUUGAGAUUAUUGGACAAUACACUCCUGAGGCUGAGGCACCCUUGCUCGUCUCCCCGGCCGCCUCUGAAAACAACCAAGCAGGAACGGGCGUUGUGUCCGCCAGUGAGUCACUCUGGAUUGCUCGAGCUGUACUCGGAUUUGCCAAUGAGAGGACUCCAACCUGGAAGGGUCGCACACCCUGGCUCACAUUAGUAGUUGAGGGGGGCGGCGGACGACUUGUCUGGUUCUGGCGAGGAAGCGCAAAGAGGUUGGUUGACGAGAAGGAGAUGAUCAUUGGUCUUAGCGCGAAGAGUGGCGAGCAACUGAAGGUUGCUUUUUCUUGUGAGGAGAUCGUUGGAACUAUGGUGAAGAUGGAUGUUCGUGUAUUAGUAGAUGCCCUCACAUCGCAUGGUCAAGCACCGGCUCCAGUACACAACAAGCAUAUGAACCAGUUGCCAGCAGCGCCUCCUCCACCGCUCAACGCAUAA